ACUAUUUGUGUGUCAUAAUGGCAAAAGGAAAACAUUUUCUGAAAGUUUUAAAUAAGCGAUUCCUAAUUAUUUUCGUGUGUGUUUUGAUUGUGUUCACGGAUGCAUAUGCACAGAGAAAUGAAACAACAAUUUCAAAAAGAAUGUUUGGUGCUAACCUGGCCAACAUUAAUGAUUAUCCGUUUAUGGUGGCUAUUUUCGAGAAAUAUUAUUGGAAUAUAUCUCCUCCACAUUAUAUAGGAUCUUGCACGUUGAUAACAAGUAGAACAUUACUAGGAGCUGCUCACGUGACGCAUAAAAUUCCAGUUGGUGCUCUGUUUGGAAGAAUAGGAAGUGCUAACAUGUAUACGGGAAAAAUAAUACAGUUUUCAAAGAUAAUUGAACAUCCAGAAUUUGAUGAAGAGAAAAUGAGAAAUGAUAUUGCUCUGAUAAUAUUAGAAAAUGAUAUUGCUGACUUAUGUCUAACUCAACCAGAACCGGUACCGAUCGCUAUACCACUUCAAGAUAAAACGCUUUAUUCAAAAACUGCAAUUGCCGUCGGAUGGGGCGACGUUGAACUAAAGUACUCAGACUAUGAAUACUGUCUUAGAGCUGCAGAAUUAGAUAUAAUCGAUGCAUCAACGAUGAUUGUUAACGGUGUACCAAAUGAUGAUUCCAGAAUUAUUGCAGCCAAAGAAGGAGUUGCUCUCAUGUAUGGUGAUUCAGGAGGUCCUCUAAUAUAUAAAAAUGAUGCUGGGAAAAAGAUUCAAAUUGGAGUUACAUCUGGAAGCAAGUUGACUCUUGGUGAUCAAAAUAUGUUUCAGUCAGUAGGCUACUUUAGACAAUUUAUAGAAUUGAACGUUGUGGAAAAAUUGGAUUUUGUGCCGUUAUAAAUUAUAUAUAAUUGUUUGAAAGUUAUAAUUUUUACAAAUUCUAUGCUAUUUCUGAGAAACUGCAUUAAUAAAAUAAAAAUCAAAUGUUGUAAGAAAAAUAUUUA